ACGAUGGCGGACACCGGGGCGGCGGAUCGCAGUUGGCGAAGUGUAAGGAGCUCCUGGAUCUGAAUGGCCUGUGUGUGACAUUACAGGACACAUGUCAGCCGUGUCUCCCGCCGAUAGUGGACUCUUUAGUCGCGGUGUCGGAGUCGGAGGUUUGGCGCUUGGCAGACCCACAGCUGCAGCUCCGCUCCCGGUGUGUGUUCGCAGCAGCUGUAUUCUGACAGGCCGUGUUCGUGGAGCUCCUUUGGCGGACUGCUCAGCUCUCAGCCUGUCAGCUCUCCUCCUCCUCCACAUCCUGCUCGGCUUUCUCUCAUCCCCACACACACUGGCGCUUCCCAAUCAUAACCCGAUCACGCGUUCUUUUAUUGAACCGGUUACUGUCAAUAUUUAGCCAGCACGUUCCUACUUACUCAGAGAAAUGGCUGUGGUUUGGGGAUUGGAAAUGACCUGAUGGUGAUUUUACUUUCUGAAACACGCCUUUUGUUGACAACGACGGAUUCUCCGCGGCUGGAUGAAACCUUUUACUCCUGUCUUAUUGUGUCCCGGAUGGCUUCAGACUCCAUCUGCACCCUUGCGUUCAACUAAACUAAACAUGUGUAUAGCAUUGAGAUUUAGUGUUGAAUCACCCCAUAUACCAUGCUGGCAUUGCCCUCUCGCCUGGGUCUCUUAACCUGCGGAAGAUUUUCCUUUCCUGCACAGCCUUCCCACCUUCUGGCUCCAGGCGCUCUUGCCAGCAUGUAUGCCACGCGCCUGUACAGCGGUGGAGGGGGAAAGCCUGGUCGCCGCCUUGGCCUGAUGGGGGGAGGGCAAACCAUGCUGGAGAAUCAUCACCACCCUCUCGCCCCUCAUCACCCCCACAUCCCGCCUCCUCAGAAUUUCCCUCCUCCGCUCUACCAGGGCCGUAUGGAUGCCCACCGAACCUACUACCAGCCCCACCAGCACUACCACACACACCCCCAGGUCCCCCACCUCCCCCCUCCACACUACCAGCCCCACGCCCACAUGCACCACAGCAAAAAGAAGACCUGGAACUUCAUUCACGAGAAGAUGAGCUACGACACCUUCUUCACCAUGAAGCGACUGAUUGACCGCUCGCGCAGCGUAGACGAGGUGCUCCGCUGGGUCACUCAGAACCCGGGGAAGAUCUCGCACAACCACUACCCUAUCGCCUUACAGAAAAUUGGCCAGCUCCUUGCACUCCAGCAGGCUGGAGCGAUUGGAAGUGGAGGAGGGAGCCUAGGGAGCAGUGGGGUGACUGCUGAGGGAGCAUUGUCGUCACCUCCUGCUGUAGCCUCAGGUGAUGGUGCAGCCCGACAGAUUCUGGAUCACCCAGACUUCCAGACCCUCUGUGACGCCAUUGUUAAUGACUGCUCCAAGUUUGACAACUUUAGCAUCGUCAACUGCCUUUACGCCGUAGCUGCACUUGGGCUGCCCAGUGAUUCUCGGAUAGUGCAGGUGCUGGAGGAGGAGUCGCAGGGCCGCCUGUCGCAGUUCAACCAGAAGGACAUCUCCAUGGUUUUCAGCAGCUGCAUGAAGCUGCACCCAUCCAGCCAGCACCCGCUCAUCGAGUCAUGUCUGGCAGGCUUGGAGAAGAACAUUGAGCGUGAGCGUCACCCACAGACACUGUUCCUGCUGCUCUCUUACUACCGCACCAAGUGGCGUGCACUGCAGGUGGCCGACAAUGCCUCAUCAGAACAGCUUGUGGUCGACCGCAAGAUCCUGCGCCUGGUCAAACACACACUGGCCAGUGUCAGCUGCGUACGUGACCAUGAAAUGACCUUACUGGACGAGAUGCUGGCAGCGUGUGCCCGUGAGGCCAGCAACAAGAGCCUUGAGCUCAUCUUUAGCUCUCACCUCUUCUACCAGAACAGGCAGGAGAAGUUUGUGAGCAGUCUGGCUGAGGAGCUGCCUAAAAAGGUCGACAGUAUCACUCCUUACACCAUGGCUCUUAUUGCAAAGUAUAUCGCACGCCAUCGUCUCAGAGAAACACAACUACUGGACACCAUUGCAGAAUUCCUGGUCAAGAAGGGCGAGUACUUGGAUAGCAAGGUGAUCCAGAAGCUCGUGUUCCCUUUCAGCCGCAUGAGUUAUCGGCCAGCUAACGAGACUCAGUUCUUCUCUAAGCUGGAAAUGGUGCUGGAGCUGAAGGCUCUGAGCUCACCGCUGGCUACUGUCAACAUCCUCAUGUCCCUCUUCCAGCUGGGACACUUUCCUAGCCUGGUACUGCACCGGGUCUUCUCACCCUCCUUUAUCAGCAACGUCACUAACAGUCCGUAUGCUCUGAUUGUACGCCGCUAUUUGUCCCUGCUGGAUGCUGCGGUGGAACUCGAGCACAGAGAGUACACCGGGCCUCGGCUGCAGGACUCGCACAAAGUGCUCAUGUUUGACCACGCGCUCACUGCUGAUGAGGUCAAUCGCAAGUACAGUUACAAAGGACUUGUUGCCGAGGCCCUCAGGCAGUUGGUUGGAGAGCAUGGUUACAAGCAAGAUGAAGUUCUACCUCCAGGAUAUUACACAGACUUCUUGCUGUGGAUAGACCAUGCGGGCCGUGUUCUUCCCAUCAGAGCAGCCUCAGCAGCAGUCUCGUUAACAGCAGACUCUUCUAUGUGCGCAGUUGUGAACCCCAAACCAUCAGAUGGUUCCACCUCUGUUGCUGCUCUCACCUCUGACUUCCAGAAGUUCUCUCCUUUCUCACCACCUCUUGAGGAGGGUGUGGACAAACAGCCCGAAAAUGAUUCUACCUUCCUGCCGCCUCACAUGCAGAGAGCAGGCACCAAUGGAGCAGUGGCACUGGACUACAACACCUAUUACCCAGCUUCGGAUUACUACACCAGCCUGGCCAAGGAACACUCUCUGGAGAGCCAGGAUAGCUCAACAUUGAGCAGCCCAUCAGAGUGUCUGGCUCAAGCUGGGUCAGCUGUCCCUGGGGCCACUGCUCCACAGGACUCCCUCUUCCAGUUCUCUAUUGGAAAGAUACUGGAAGAUGAGAGUGGUGCAUCCAUCCAAGUGGGGGCCAAUUCAGGACCAGACUGCAGUAUCACACCUUUCUAUGAAGGUGUGACCUAUGAGGCAGGAGAUAGCAAUGCAGUGACUGCUGCACCACUCCAGCUGCACUCCACAAAACCCUCGGAGAUGGAGAGGACAACCGGGGAGCACAUUAAAAGGGUGAUCAUGUCAGUAAACGAUAAAUGGCACUACUGCCACAACUCGGAUGUGCUUGUGGGUUCCCGGGCUAUGAGAGACCGCCACCUGCAGCUGCUAGGCUACGUUAUACUCCAGUUGCCCUACAUGGAGUUGGAGAAGCUGAAUGGAAUUGAGGAAGUGAAGCAGUACCUGCACAAGAAGCUCCUGGAGGUUCCUUUAUGACGGUGGAAAAGCAGAGGCGCGUGUAUGUGUGUGUGCGCGCGUGAACGUGUGUAUUAGUGUGUGUGUGUGUGUGUGUGAGUGAGCAUGUCUGCAAGCAUGUGCAACAUUCUGUUUCAGCAGGCAUUGGUGUUUUGAGGAAGAACGACUGGUGUGUGUGUGUGUGUGUGUGUGUGUGUGUGUGUGUGUGUGUGUGUGUGUGUGUGUGUGUGUACAGGAUGUGAACAGGCCUGUAUUUUAGGACAACUUGAAGUGACACUAAGCCAAUGGGUGGGUGUCUUAGUUCUGUACUUAGGGAAAGGUUGAUAACACCCAUCUGGGCAAAAUGUAAAAACAAUAUUUCCUCAAACAAAUCACACCCAGGAACUUCGUAGAAUGUCCCAGAACACCCACAACCUACACAACUACACAAUCAACAGCCAGAGCUUAAUGUUUUUUCUGAUGCUUAAUAGAAGACAGUGCUGCUUAUAAAAGGAAUGACUUUGGGGAGAUGGGGGGGAUAAAAUCAAAUUUACCCAAAUUUACUGCCAAACGUGAAUACGAUGAGUCAGUGUUGAAUUUUAAGGCUUGAGUUUUGCAUUGGAGCUACAAAGCUAACUAACAAGUAAUAAAUGCUCAGCAAAUAAACGCAAACUGCGAGCACAUUACUGAGUAAGUCAUUUUAUAUGCAUUUGUUUUUGUGUGAACAAAAUUAUUUCGCAUAUAGUGGGGUCCAAAAGUCUGAGAGCAUUCAUGAAAAUGUUUUAAAUUUGCAAUUCUUUUCUAAUUUUAAUACAAUUUUCAUGACGAUUUAUAUUGUCGACAACAAUGUAAAUGUUACAUGAAUUUCAGAGUUUUUAAGUACUUGGUACAUCCCUUUUAUGCUUUAAGGACAGCGUGCACUUGAGCUGGUACGGACUCCACAAGUUUGACAAAACCUUAUGGUCCAUAAACACGUGCUUCAGUAGAAGAGAUUUUUGUACAGUGGUGUAGUGGUUAGCACUGUUGCCUCACAGCAAGAAGGUCCUGGGUUCGAGCCCCGUGGCCGGCGAGGGCCUUUCUGUGUGGAGUUUGCAUGUUCUCCCCGUGUCCGCGUGGGUUUC